AUCCUUGAUUCUUGAGCCCCUGGAUACUUUCCCUCUUUCAGCGUUUCUUUUGGUAAGAAGUUUCGUCCGUUUAUUCACAUCUUCUCGGGUUGUUUCUGUAACAUAGACCUAAGUUGAGUGCCCGUUGUUGUUAUUGAGUUAUUUCCACUUCAUCAACAAGAUCCUCACUUUUGGUCAAUUGGGGGUUUGAGAGGGUGAGGCAGUAGUGACAGGGAGAUGGUUUCAGUAACUAUUGUUGCGAACCCAUAUAAGUUGUUGGCUGCUCUUCUCAUUGUUACUGUGUUGCAUUGCUUCGUAGCGUUGAGAUCUGAAGCACAACGCUUACCGGAUGAAGAAGUAAGGACGCUUCGUCAAAUAUCAGAAAAAUUAAAUAACACAUAUUGGAAGAAGCUCAGCCCAGAUUCUUGUACUAAAAAGGACCUCAAUCGGAAUUUUGAUUCGCCUACGAUGCUCAGCAAUGUCACCUGCAACUGUUCAUUCAAUCAAUCGACUGUUUGCCACGUGACAAACAUCCAGUUAAAGAGUUUGAACUUAACCGGAGUUCUACCUGAAGAAUUUGGGGAUCUUCCAUAUUUGACAGAGAUAGAUUUAGUUCUCAAUUAUAUCAAUGGAUCCAUUCCCGUGAGUUGGGCCCGGAUCCCUCUCGUCACCAUAUCUCUUUUGGGAAAUCGCAUUAGCGGAUCAAUUCCAGAGGCUCUUGGCAAUAUUGAAACGCUGGAGGAGCUGAUUUUGGAAGAUAACCAGCUCGGAGGAAAACUUCCUCCAAAACUUGGAAACCUAAGCCGGUUGAGAAGAUUUGUUAUUUCUGCAAACAAUAUUACGGGAUCUAUACCUGAAACAUUUGGAAAUCUAAAGAACUUGACUGAAUUUAGGAUAGAUGGAAACAGCAUAUCUGGGAGGAUGCCUGAUUUCAUUGGGAAUUGGACCAAACUUCAAACCUUGGAUAUGCAAGGAACAUCCUUGGAGGGACCAUUUCCUUCUACAGUCUCCUCCUUGAAAAGCUUAAUUCAACUGAGGGUGUCUGACCUGAAUGGAUCAAAUAUGAGUUUUCCUGACCUCAAAGACCUGACACAGAUAAAUGAAUUGAUACUUAGAAAUUGCAUGAUUACUGGCGAAAUCCCCAACUACAUUGGAGAAGUGAUGACACAUAUGAAAAAAAUAGACCUGACCUUCAACAAAUUGACUGGCCCAAUUCCGGAAAGCUUCAAUAAAUUGCGAUAUUUACAAUAUUUGUAUCUCAGCAGCAACUCACUAUCUGGAACAGUACCAGAUUGGGUGGUGCAUACGAGUAGCAAAUGGAAUCUUGACAUAUCUUACAACAAUUUUACAGGAGAGUCAAUUCUGAACUGUAAAAAACAACCAAGCAUGAAUAUGAUUGCCAGUUAUUCAUCUUCAAAGAACAAUUCAAUGGAGUGGUGCUUCAAGAAGGACCUUCCAUGCUCUAGUAAAUCCAAGUAUCAUUCCUUGUUCAUUAAUUGUGGUGGCCCAAUGAAGGAAUUUGCUGGGGAGGAAUAUGAAGAUGACUCAGCACAGAUGGGUCCAUCAUACUUCUACCAACCUAGUGAGAAAUGGGCUUGUAGUACCACAGGAGAUUACUUGGAAACUAACAUUACUAAUUACAUUACCUCGAACAAUGCACUGAACACGACUGUUCCAGAAAUAUACAGGACAGCUCGUCUUGCCCCUCUGUCACUUAGGUACUAUGGAAUUUGCUUACUGAAGGGAGUCUAUACAGUGAAACUCCACUUUGCUGAAAUUAUGUAUACAGAUGACCAUACAUUUAACAGUGUUGGGGAGCGCAUUUUUGAUGUAUUAAUUCAAGGUCAGAUGCGACUGAAAGAUUUCAAUAUUGCCAAAGAAGCUAAAGGUUUUGGUAGAGACACUGUUAGGGAAUUUAAUGACAUCAUUGUUAGUGGUAGCACUCUAGAGAUUCACUUGUACUGGGCAGGAAAAGGCACUACCUUUGUUCCAGCCAGAGGUGUAUAUGGACCCCUUAUAUCAGCCAUAGCAGUGACACCGUUUCAUGUUGUAGAUCCUGAUCAUGGACAUUCUAUCGGAGCUACUCUUGGAGUUGUAGCUGCUGUUUGCAUGGUUAUUGUAUUGAUUGUGAUGUUUGUUUGGGUGAAAUGUCACCAGAAAGGAAAAUACCUUGAGGACGAAGAACUUAGACAUCUAAAGCUACAAAAAGGUUAUUUCACUCUCAAACAAAUUAAAGCUGCAACUGGGAAUUUUGACUCUGCAAAUAAAAUAGGUGAAGGUGGCUUUGGACCAGUUUAUAAGGGUAUUCUGCCAGAUGGUACAGCCAUUGCUGUCAAGCAGCUAUCCUCUAAGUCAAUGCAAGGAAACCGUGAAUUCAUGAAUGAGAUAGGCAUGUUAUCUGCUUUACAACACCCAAAUCUUGUGAAGCUUUUCGGAUGUUGUGUUGAAGGAAACCAACUACUACUAAUAUAUGAAUAUAUGGAAAACAAUAGCCUUGCCCAUGCUCUCUUUGGAAAAGAGGAACAUCAACCAAACUUAGACUGGCCAACAAGGCAUAAGAUUUGCUUAGGGAUGGCUAGGGGUCUAGCUUAUCUGCAUGAAGAAUCAAGGUUGAAAAUUGUCCACAGAGACAUAAAGACAACCAAUGUGCUUCUUGAUAAGGAUCUCAAUGCUAAGAUAUCUGACUUUGGUUUGGCUAAACUUGAUGAAAAGGAGAAAACCCAUAUCAUCACCCGAAUAGCUGGAACUAUAGGAUAUAUGGCACCUGAAUAUGCAACAAGGGGCUAUUUGACUGACAAAGCAGACGUUUAUAGCUUUGGAGUUGUCAUGUUAGAGACUGUCAGUGGAAAGAGCAAUACAAGUCAUUUGCUAAAGGAGGAUUUUGUUCAACUUCUUGAUUGGGUACUUGCCUGA